AAGUGUGGUAAAAUUAUGACCUCACGCCGCAAACCAUGUCGCGAGGGACAGAAGCCGCUCCGGUUUACGGCAGUGUCUAUCAUGGCCACUUCGGCGGCGUCGUCGUCUUCAUCCUCGGCGGCGGGCGGUUUCGGCGGAGUGUCCGAGCUGACUCCACCGCGAAAGGUGCUCUUCACUUCGCCCAAAGGGGCUGGAGAACUGCUGGAAGAUGCAACGGAGAGGUUCCUGUGUGAAGCGGUUUUCAGCUAUCAGGUGGCUCACACAUUGAGGCAGGUCAAACGAGAGCAACAGUGUUCCCGAAUGGAAAAACUAGCCAGUUUGGUUGAGGAGUUAGAAGCGGAUGAAUGGCGCUACAAACCAAUCGAACAGCUGCUGGGUUUCACUCCUUCUUCUGGAUGAGAUGACAGACUGGACUUAUUUCAAUUCGAAAGCCUUUACGCUUUUUGCCAAAUUGUAACUGGGAGAUUAAACACAAUUAUUUUUCUUCAUAAAAA